GAUAGAAGGCCGGUCAAACUCUACUCACUCUAGUUGUAAAAAAAAACUCUGCUCACUCUCUCCCUCUCUCUCUGAAAAUCUCCUCCCGCUCCAAAACCCUAACCAUUGCCGCUGCUCCUUCUCCUCCACUCGCAACCCAAUCCCAGCCGCCCAGCCUUCCCUCCUCGUCUUCUCCGGCGGAACCGCCUUCAACGGCGUCGUCGAGGAACUCAAGAACUUCACCACUCGCAUCGCCCACGUGCUUCCCGUUUCUCGCGACGGAGGAAGCACUGCCGAGAUUGUCCGCGUCCUUGAGAUUGGCCGGUAAAACCACCUCCGAGGCGGUCGCCGUCCGACAAUUGCUUGGCCGGCCAAAAUCUCAAACCAGCUCUACACCUCCGCCAAAAUCAGGUCGCUCUCCAACCUCUCGAUUAUCAAAUCGGCCUCCUCCUUCGCCUCUGCCUUGCCUUCGCUCCUUGCAGCUCUGUUCGUAUUCAAUGUCUGGCUCCCUUUUGACAUUUGGUGCAAUGAUUGGUGCUAUCACGAUUGGUCCCAUCGCUGAUUUCAUUGGUCGAAAAGGGGCCAUGAGACUGUCCAGUGCUUUUUUUGUUGCAGGUUGGCUAGCUAUAUACUUUGCUGAGAGUAUUUGGCCUCUUGACAGUGGGAGGCUGGCAAAUGGUUAUGGAAUGGGAGCCUUUUCUUACGUGGUACAUGUUUUCAUAGCUGAAAUUGCUCCAAAAAAUCUUCGAGAAAGGCUAACUGCUGCAAAUCAGUUAAUGAUCUGUGCUGGAGUGUCCGUUUCAUACAUAAUUGGGAUAGUAGUGAGUUGGAGGGCUCUAGCAUUAAUAGGACUUAUUCCGUGUGCUGUGAUCAUUUUCGGCCUCUUUUUCAUUCCUGAGUCUCCAAGAUGGUUGGCAAAGACAGGAAAACACAAAGAGUUUGAAGUUGCACUACAGAAACUUCGUGGUGAAGAUGUUGAUGUAUCACAUGAAGCAGCGGAAAUCCAGGAUUAUAUAGCAACACUUGACCAUCUCCCGAAAGCCAAAAUGCUCGAUUUGUUUCAAAGGAGAUACUCGCGCUCAGUCAUUGAGAAAAUGAAGAAGAGGAUGAAAGAUUUCAGGGCAAAGCUCGUUGAAGAGGCAUAUCAUUGGAUACUCAUCUUCAGUCAUACAAGUGACUUUGAGCGACAAGCUUCCAAUAAUAGUCGAGCAAAAUUAAAAUCUUUUUAGUGGAUGAUAUUUAACAAAUUACAGGGGUGUAUUUUACUAGCAAAAACAAUGGCAUGCUUUGCACCAGGAUUGAUAAUGUUGAAGGCAUGGAUGACUUCCCAGGUGUCUUGGUAUGGAGGAUUUAAAUUGAUGCCUUGAUUUUCAUGGACCUCUACUUAGAGAGUAUCUUUUGUAUAUGUAAUUAAGGAACUAAACAUCUUCCAAGAUCUUUUGUUCUUGCAGUUGUAAUAAUUAUUCUUUAUUUAAUAAGUCCAAAGUGUUAUUGAUAAUUCUUUAAUUA